AUGGAGUUGUUUAUUACGAACCUCGACUCAAGAUUUACCAAGGACAAGUUGAAAGAUUCCCUGACCCCCAUCCUCUCCGCGUCUCAGAUCCAUGUCUUCGAAGUCCGAAAAGCGGUCGGCAAGACGGUUGCAACGCUCACAAUUGCAGAUACUUCCACAGCUCAAAGCCUCUUGUCCAGAUCGCGUGCUUACCCAAACCUCCUCAAGUCUCCAUCAGGGCGAUAUGCGGUGUUCAACGUGAGUCGUAACCCGCCGGAUCCUCAUUGGUUGCGUGUACUGCGCAAGGAAGACAAGGACCGACUGAAUUCCAAAGCAUGGGAGAAGUCUUUGCAGCUAGAGUUGAAAGCUCAAGCUGCCGAAAAGGAGACUGAAUUGAAGAUUACGGCACUACAGUGCGGUCGUUGGGAAACAUGGACUGGAAAGACUGAAAAGACUGCAUUCGUGCCCUACUUUGAGGUCUCGGCAGAAGGCAGGCUGACAAGAGAUGCACGAGCCUUGGUGAUACAAAUCAGAAUCUCUCCUUCUAAGCGCCACGAUCUUGUCAUAGAUCUAUCCUCCAUACUGGCUUUUGUUAUAUCACGGGGAAAAGGCAGCAGUACUUUGACAAUCACACUUGUCACUGCACCAAGAAUCUACGAGAAUGAGGUGCCUGCGGCGGAUUCUGGACUGCCCGAGUUGCUCGCAGCUUUACACCUAGGCCCGCAGACAGUCAAGAGGUUUCGUGAGUGCACAUUACCAGGAUCCGAUACUGGUGUCGUUGGCAGCUGCUUGACAUACAGCAUGGUCCUCUCAACAGGAGCUGCCAACCUGCAACACCGCAUAAAGGCCAUGACUUAUAACCGCUUUCCCAUCACAAUGCUUCCGGCCAUGUUUGCCCCUCAACCACGAGUUGGGCUUUCAAAACAGGUGUCCAAACUGAAUGCUAAGGUUGCAGCGUUGAAAUGUUCCUUUGCAUGGAGGUUUCAGAUACAUGGGUUGUGGGCCAAUGGUGUCCUAUCUCCUGUGGAAGUCCAGUCUCUCCUGCCGGCCAUGAGUGACCUACUCGCUCGAUCAGGCGAAUCAACACUUAUUGCGGUCUUGCGGCGGCUCAAUUUGCAACUGUCUCAUAAUGAUGCUACCACCGAUCGUGAACAGGGUGCUAUGCAAAAUGCGAUAAACAGUCUCGAACAAGAUGCGAAUAUUUUACUCGAAUGUGACAGCUCACACACCUCACAAGACGUGGUCUCAAUUCACCACGUCACUGUAACCCCUACUGGCAUAUAUCUCACUGGUCCAGAACUCACCGCAUUGAACCGUGUCUUGCGACAGUACCGUGCACAUGCUGACUGCUUUCUGCGGGUUCUUUUUUCCGAGGAGGAUGAAACGCGGAUCGAGUUUGAUAGGGAUACUUCCAAUGAGCGAGUCCUGCAGGGUCGUUUCCUGUCAAUUCUCCGUAACGGCUUGGACAUUGCAAACGAACACUUUGACUUCCUCGGGUUCUCACACUCGUCCCUGAGGUCCCAAACAUGUUGGUUCAUGCGACCUUUUGUUCACGAUGGCUCAUUGUUGUUCGCAAGAGACCUCAUCAGCAAGCUUGGUGACUUCAGCGCGAUCAGGUGUCCGGCCAAAUGUGCAGCCCGGAUUGGUCAGGCUUUCUCUGAGACCUCAUCUCCUGUAUGGGUGGAUCCGAGCAUCGUCAAGGUGUAUCCUGACGUCAAGAUUGGACGAUAUUUGUUCACUGAUGGUUGUGGCACCGUGUCAAGGUCGACCUGGAAACGCCUCAGGGGAAGCGUGCGUGCCAAGGACCAGCCUACCUCCUACCAGAUCCGCUAUAAAGGUGCCAAAGGAAUGCUCACGCUUGACACGCGCCUUGAAGGAGACCAAAUACGUCUUCGGGAGUCAAUGGUAAAGUUCGAAAGAAGCCCGUCCGACGAGAUCGAAAUGUGUGGUUCAAAUAUCCGGCCGCUGCCUUUCAAGCUGAAUCGCCCGCUCAUCAAAAUACUCGAAGACCUUGGGGUCCCUGACUCGACAUUCGAAAGGUUACAAGAACAAGCCAUCCAGCGACUACGUCUCAGCGCGACCUCAAGAUCCGUUGCGCUCAAUUUCAUCAACGAACACCUCUCGGAUGGUAGCAGCGGCUUGCCUACACUUCUCAAGCAUCUGCAGCACAUUGGUGUCGAUGCUACGGAGGACAGCUUUUUGAGGGAAGUACUUGGAGCAUUACUGCAGGUUCAACUUCGAGAGAUCAAAUAUCGAAGUCGCAUUCUAGUUCCAGAAGCUCUCACACUCUACGGAAUCAGCGAUGAGACUGGUUGGCUGAAGGAAGAUGAAGUCUUUGUUACUUUUGUUGACAAAAAGACUGGAACCCAUUCCUGCUUGGACGGACGCGUGGCCGUCACCCGGUCUCCUGCCCUCCAUCCCGGCGAUGUGCAGCUUGUUCAAGCCGUAGCACCACCAAAGAGUUCUCCUCUCUGGGACCUCCGCAACUGCAUCGCCUUUAGCCAGCAUGGUGCUCGCGACAUACCCAGCAUGCUGAGUGGUGGCGACCUAGAUGGCGAUCUCUACAACGUCAUCUACGACGAUGAACUCUUGCCAAAGAAGACUGUAACUCCAGCAGCAUAUCUCCCAGCCGUGCCUAUGGAUAUCGGCCGCCCAGUCACUGCUGAUGACAUGGCAGGGUUCUUCGUGGACUUUAUGCAAAAUGACCAACUGGGCAGGAUCGCCAAUCUCCACCAAGUCUUCGCUGACCUUGAUGGCACCUCUUCAGCCAAUUGUCUCUUGCUCGCGGAAUUGCAUUCAACUGCUGUGGACUUUUCUAAAAGUGGCGUCCCCGUCGACCACAAGCGGAUCCCGAGGGCUCCCGGGUAUAGACCUGACUUCAUGGCGCCAAGUGCGAGUACCAUAGUCGAGAAAGGUAUCAAGAGACCUGAAGAGGCUGCCUUACCUGACGGCCGCCAGCGGUACCGAUACUACGAGUCCGAUCGUAUCCUAGGUCGCCUGUAUCGGGCUGUGAACGAAGAUACCUUUUUUGAUGACCUCGAGGACGAUACUUCAUCGCUAUUCAGCAAGGAGCCUACUAACGAUGUGCUGAGGGACAUCUGCGAUUGGGUGGUGUCCCACCUCGGCCACCCGCGCGUUCAAGCUUUUCUUACGCAGGCGAGGGAAGUCAGAGACUACUAUGAAUCGAGUCUGCUGGAGAUAAUGUCUCUUUAUGCAGUCCGCCGGACGGAGCGACUCACUGAAAAAGAAGUCUUCAUCGGCACGAUCUUGGGUCGUUCGGGCGCAGGAAGCAAACAUCAACGAGAACAAUCAGACUACAUGAAGUCUCAGUUCAAUUACGAACUUCGAGAAAUCAAAUCACGGAUGGAAUAUUUGACGACGGAGGAUGGCGAUGAAGGCUUCCUUUGCCUCGCUGCUGCCUGCCUCCAUGUGGCUGUGUGUGAGCCCAGCAAUUUUAAUGUCCAAUUGAGCAGCUUCGGAUGGUUUGCUGCAGGCUUAUGUGUCCCUGAUAUCGUGAAACAAGAAGAAGGAAGUAUCUUCAGUGCAUGA